AGUCGACCUUGGAAAAUCAAGUUGAAUAUUUAAUUCAAAUGGAAUCUACAUUUUCAGAGGAGUUAUUAAGGGUAUACUAUCGACGACUUUUCCCGUGUGAUCUAUUUGCACAGUGGCUUACAUAUAAUUCUCGGAGUAGUGGGCUUUCUAAAAGAGAAUUUAGCUUCACACUAAAUGGUGAUAUCUAUCUUCGAUAUCAGAGUUUUGAUUCGUCAUCGGACCUGAGGAAGGAUCUAGUCAAGUUAUGCCCUAUUAAGAUCGAUAUUGGGGCAGUCUACUCAAAUGCUCCGAGGCUUCAUCGUUCAAUUUUAUCCUCCUCACUCAAGCCUGAAUGGAAAGAAUUAGUUUUCGAUAUUGAUUUGACUGAUUAUGAUGAAGUUCGUUAUUGUUGCGGUGAAGAAAGUACUUCUGGAUCUUCUAUUUGCCUUCGAUGCUGGCAACUUGCUCGUUCUGCAGUCCUCUGUAUCGACCGCGCUUUAAGACAAGACUUUGGUUUCCAGCAUUUAUUGUGGGUGUAUUCAGGUCGUCGUGGAGUUCAUUGCUGGGUAUGUGAUCGUUCCGCUCGGCAUUUAGAUCAAACUUCGCGUACAGCUAUUGCGGAGUAUUUAACUUUGGUUAGAGGGGGUAACGGUAAGAAGCCCACACUUACUGCUGGCAACUUCUCAAAAUCUCAUGAUUCACAUUCACAUGGGAAUAUUGAGCCAAUUUUUCAUCCUUGUGUGGAUGCAGCUUGUGAUAUCUUAAUGCCUCGAUUCACAACUUAUUGCAGUACAGCAAAUGGUCAAAAUUUAUUCGGAAAUAAAAAACGUCUUGAUAAGUUACUGUCAUUUUUACCGGUUGAGUUAAAAGAUCUUCGUGAACGACUUUCAGAUGAGUGGUCUGCCGAUUUUCAAGAAAAUAAAGAAGAAGUAUCUACAAAAAGAUGGAACACAUUGAAAAAGUUUUUGAAAGAAAAUGGUCGCGCAAAUGUUUUGAAGGAAAUAGUCCUAAAUUUCACAUACCCUAGGCUAGAUGUUAAUGUGUCAACAGGUCUUAACCAUUUACUGAAGAGUCCAUUUUGUGUGCAUCCAAAAACUGGUUAUAUAUGUAUACCAUUUAAUCCACAAGAAGUCGAUAAAUUUGAUCCAUUUAGUGUACCAACAUUAAAUGAACUUGUAGAACAGCUUUCUUCUGUAACAAAUAAUGAACAUGAUUGUGGUAAUAAUGAUGAAAAUAUUUCAUCCAAUGAUAGACAUUUAUUAUCAUUUAAGAACACUUCUUUAAGGUCUUCAAUUGAAUAUUUUGAGACUUUCAUAAAACAUGUUUUAAAAGCAGAAAUUUCAUGUAUUAAUGUCAAUCAAGCUGAAGGUAAUUCAGAUUCGUUUAAAUCUAUUCCUGUAUUUUAACACUUCCUUUUGUAAAAGAGAUUUUAAAAAUUUUGUAUAUGAAUUAUGUUAUUAGAUUAUUAUUAUUAUUAUUAUUAUUAUUACUGUUAGUAUUUGAAAGCUUUUUUAUUCGUGCACUAUGUUAAUAUUCCGCAACUUCGACUUCAUUACAGUCAACAACAUUUCUUCUAUCCUCUUCUUUCUUAUUCUGCUAACUAGAGUCAAGAGGAUCAGUUAAGUAAUUGGAGCUUUUUGAUGAUAACUUCAAUGUAUCGAUUGAAAACACACAUUAAUCUUUUAUAUAUCAAGUACGAUAGUUAGAAUUUAUGAACUGAGUUUUUGUCACAUAGUGGAAAUCAUAGUAAAAAUGCAUUAAAAUUCCAUGGGCAUAGUUUAAUGCAAUGGAAAUUCGUCUUAAUCGAUAUUGGUUUCUUUUCCUAUAAGUUGUUUCAUGGACGAAUGCAGUUGCUUACAAAUGAAAUCAUAUUGAAGGAUCAUGUCUUGAUGAGAAAUAUUGGAAAAACGAAGAUAAAGCACAAAAUUUAUAAGACAACAUUCCACUGUAGUUAUCUUAGUAAUACAGUUUUUACGUCUAAUCAUGUUGGACAUCACACAUGUUUACUUAAUCCUUUAACUGAAGCACAUUAUGAAGUAGAAUUUCUUGUUCAAUAAAGUUUCGCUUUCUAGAUCUCGGGGCUACGAAUAAUAAGCUAAAAAGAUGUAUCACAAAGGUACUUAGAACUGUUUUGGUCUAAUCUAUAACACCUGUCCAAGGUGCUCCAGGCGAGCGAUUUUACCAACCCAUGUUCGUAGAUCCUAUUCAAAGGAGAGGCUUGAACAAUUUUUAGCGGAAAAAUGGAUUUCCACAGCAGUUUUUUUUACUGAGCACACAGAAACAGUGUUUUUAUUCUGCUUCAAAGUUAAUGAGAUCGCAAUAUGUACUGAAUUUAUAUUGUUAUGCUUCAGUUAUCGUUCUGAAUUUAUUCAAAUUCGUUGAGGGAAUCUAUUCUAUGAUUGGUUCAUGUUUACAUAUGAAUGGUGUAGAUGAUAAUUAUAUGUAAUUAUUCUACCAUUUUCUACUUGUUUCAACACUUGCGAACAAGGUAUUUCUUCAGUUUGUCAGUGGAUGACUUAAGUGGUUCUCAAAUUACUCACUGCUGUAUACUAAAAGCUAACUGAAUACGGUGAAUUCUCAAGUCAAUUGUAGAGUAUUUUAUUUGCCAUUAGUUGUUAUCGAAAAUUUCCUAGUUUCGUAAUAGUUUUUGUCUCAAACUGAAUAAAUCUCCAGGAGCUACGUAACCAAAUGGUUUCAAAAUAUGUCUGCUGAGGGGUUACUGGGAAUUUUUAAUUUUUCAAUGGGUACAUCCUACAGAGCAUGACAUGAAAAUAUUUAGUUUGGAGUUUGGGUCGCUGUUGCGGUGACGGUCAAAUUUCUGAAACUGAAAAAGUAAAGAUCCUAUAAAAGUUUGUUGUUCUCACCAUAGAUUCAUUCUGUUUGUACCAUAUCAUUAUUCUUCUCAUGUCUUCCAAAUCAAUAAAUUCAAAUGUAUUUCUAUUUGUUUUCUCAAAAUAAAAUAAAAAAUGCCCAUGUUUUCUGCUCUGUAAUUUGUC